UCGUGUGUGUUUCACGGAUUAUUAUUUGAGUAGUGAACUUGUCAGCUUGGAUACGUGUGUUUCUCUCAGCCUGGAUAUAUUGCAUGGUGCUGGUCGGUGGUGGUGAAACUGCUUACCGAUGGAGUGCAUGACCGACCACGUAUUUCUGUCAGCCUGGAAACGCAACGCGCAACCAGUAAGGAUACCUCACGCCACGUGUACCUCGAAUCGGCUUUUCACAUGGAUGUCGGCAGAGCUUCUCCUGGACGCAUAGUAACCCCCCCUGGCUUCCAGUCCUGCCUGCUGUCCGCGCGUCUAUGCCGCUUAUAGCCACAGUCGCUUCGCGGUGCUAACACUGCAUCAGGAGAGAAUGUGCUAUCUUCAUGCCUGGACAGGAAGAACUGCGCCACGCGUACGAACACGCCCUGGAAGUGCACAACCUGCGCGAUCCCCACUUCGGUGUCUCCACGCACAUAGAAGUUGUCGACUCCGACGACCCCUACGAAACUUCCAAAAAGUUGUGCACCAUUAUGAAGAAUGGCACAUUUGCCAUCAUCGCACCAACCACUGCGACCUCGUAUGCUACCCUGGCCUCUUACGCCAACACAUUCCGAAUGCCUUUUGUGAGCCCGGCCUUUCCACAGGUGACAGACCUACGGCCAGCGCUGUACGGCAUCAGUAUGAAGCCUCGAUACCUUCCAGCCAUCGUCGAGGUCAUUAAGCAUUACCGCUGGAAAAGCAUCUUCUACCUCUACGAUUCCGAUGAUGGACUCCUGAAACUACAACACAUCUUCCACUUGACGACGGAUCGCUACCAACUGGAAGUGAAGAUCGUCCGCAGGGUGCGAAACGCCAGCGAGGUGCACCGAUUCCUACGGCGAGUCGAAGACCGCGACAGACAGAGUCGGAAGUACGUCGUUCUGGACUGCAGCGCCCAGACGACCAGACAGAUCAUCGUGAACCACGUUAGGGAUCCUUUCAUGGGAAGAAGAAACUACCACUUCCUGCUCACCAGCCUCAUUAUGGACGAAUUUCAAAACAACCCCAGUUUGGAAUUCGGUGCCGUAAACAUCACGGGCUUCCGCAUCGUUCAAAACAACACCAUGCCUUAUAAAGAAAUUUUCACGGAGAGAAUAUCGAGGAUACCUUGGCCCGAUCCAAAGGCCAAGAGGAUAUCUGCCCACGCAGCUUUGAUGUACGAUGGAGCUCGAGUGCUGCUGAACGCGUUCAAGCGUCUUCUGCGUGACUACCCGGGCAUUUUCAGUAAGAACUUUCGGCGAGGCGAGGUCUAUAACAACAACACGAGAGGCAUCGACUGUCGCAAGGAUCGGAUCAUGCCCUGGGAGCACGGCGAAGAAAUAGCGAAGCGCCUCAGAACUGCAAAGAUCCGUGGACUAACCGGAAACAUCAGCUUCGACGACCGUGGGUUCCGAACCAAUUUCACCAUCGACGUAGUAGAAAUGACAAUCAACAGUGAAAUGGUGAAGAUUGCCGAGUGGUCAGACGCCAAUGGCCUCGAAUUGUCGGCACCCAAGUAUAGGAGGGUGCUUUUAGACACCGGCUUCGAGAGCAACAAGACUUACAUCGUAACUAGUAUACUGGAAGAGCCUUAUCUGAUGUACAAGAAGGCAGAACCCGGCCAGAUUUUGUCGGGCAACGACGUCUUCGAGGGCUAUUGCAAAGACCUCGCAGACCUCAUCGCCGAACACCUCAAGUUCAACUACACCCUCAAGUUGGUCAACGACUCCAAGUAUGGAGGACAAGAUGCCAACUCUGCGGCUGGUUGGAACGGCAUGGUCGGGGAACUCAUCAGGCAGGAAGCGGACAUGGCCAUCGCUCCCCUGACCAUUACUUCGGCCCGCGAACGCGUCAUCGACUUCACGAAACCCUUUAUGUCCCUGGGCAUCAGCAUCAUGAUCAAGAAACCCAUGAAAAAGAAACCGGGAGUGUUUUCCUUUAUGAACCCGCUGUCCCGCGAGAUCUGGAUGUGCAUCAUCUUCGCCUACGUCGGGGUGUCCGUGGUCCUUUUCCUCGUCAGUCGCUUCUCCCCGCGCGAGUGGCGCUACGAGGAGACCUUCGUGGGACCGUCGGUGUCCAACGACUUCUCUCUCUACAACAGUCUCUGGUUCUCCCUGGGAGCUUUCAUGCAACAGGGAUGCGACAUCUGCCCCAGGUCCAUCUCUGGGCGUAUGGUGGGCAGCGUGUGGUGGUUCUUCACGCUCAUUAUCAUCUCGAGCUACACUGCCAACCUGGCUGCCUUCCUCACCGUCGAACGGAUGGUCACUCCCAUCAACUCUGCCGACGAUCUUGCCAGGCAGACGGAAGUUGAAUACGGGACUUUAUGGUACUCCUCUACGCAGGAGUUUUUUCGGCGAUCCAAGAUCGCCGUGUACGCAAGAAUGUGGGAGUUUAUGAACUCCAACAAGCGCGUCUUCACGGCGUCGUACGAAGAAGGCAUCCGACGCGUUCGAGAGUCCAAAGGCAAAUAUGCCUUCCUCAUGGAGUCCACCAAGAAUGACUACAUCAAUGAGAGGCAACCCUGUGAUACCAUGAAAGUGGGAGGAAAUUUAGACGCAAAGGGCUACGGGGUCGCCACGCCGUUAGGAUCGAACCUCAGGGACCGGCUGAACCUGGCCGUGCUAUCCUUCAAGGAGAACGGCGACUUAGCUCGCCUCGAGAAUAAAUGGUGGUACGACCGCAGCGAAUGCAAGACCGGAGAUAGCAAGGAGUCUACCCAGAACGAGUUAACCCUAAGCAACGUGGCAGGUUGCUUUUACAUCCUUAUUGGCGGGCUCGUUCUCGCCAUGGUGGUGGCGCUACUGGAAUUCUGCUACAAGUCUCGUCUGGAGGCAUCCAGGUCUAAGAUGAGCAUGUACGAAGCGAUGAAAGCCAAAGUACGCAUGUCCAUCACGGGUACCCAGAACGGCGACAGGGGCGCUGGCGAACGGGACCGAGGCAGGCUCCAUAAUCCGGGGCCUCACAUGAUUUCCGCCGACGGCUACGAAGACGUCACGGACCGAGCGAUCAACACCCACACCCAAGUAUGAUCCCCGUUCACCCUCACCACCACCACCACUGCGGGGAUUCAUCCUCACCACCACCACCACCACCGAAGGGGCACCGCUGGGACGCUCGCAGCUCAGCCGCAUGAAACUGAGGUGGUAUAUUUGUUACCACGAACUGUUACAGACAGUGUGGAAUAGCUGACGGAACUGAUAGAGGAAUGAGUGGAAAACUGUGUUCUUUCUCUUUUUCUUUCUUUUGUCUUUUCUUUUCUGUUUUUCUUUUUUUGUACAUAGGUUUGUGACCAAGUGCUUUGUGUACCUUGUCUUAAAUAUUCGAGGUGGAACAGUCAGGUAUCACAUAUACAUGCACGUACGUGUGUGGUAAACGACAGCUGUACUGAAAUAAUUAUCUUAUAUUUUGGAGUGCCGAAGCAACGCCAUCUAAACUACAAAAAAAAGGCCUGCUCGCUAAGCGGCGUUGGGCGCCACGCCCCAAAUCAGAGUCCGCCAAUCGGAGCUGCGGAGACGAGCCGCGAUCAGUCACAUGGGCAGCUGCUAGUCACACA